UGUUUGGCUUUGCGUAGGUUUUGACUAAUUUCUAAAAAAUAGAAUUAAAAGGCGUUCAAAUUCUGUCUUCUUAGUUGUGAGUGCGAGGUGUGAUAAAAGAGAGGCGGAUAAAACAGGCACAACUGUUAAACUAACUGUGCUCUAUACGUGCAGAUUUAACCUGACCUGGGGGUGUUUGGGACCCCAAGAUGAUAACAUGAAUCAUGUAUUUUUUCGAAUAAAAUGUACGUACACAAAAUGCCUAACAACGAGCGAAUACAUGUACUUACAUUGAUAUACAGUAUUUAUACUGAAGUACAAUUUAUGCACAUAUUAAAAAACUUGUAUCCCUGUAUAAAUAUUUAAACAAUUAAUAAAAGUAAUUAAACUAUACCGAAAAAUGACCGAAGAUUUACUGAUCAAAGAGAAAGGGUUUCGGCAGUUAAAUGAAGAACUCGAGGAGAAAGCGCAUAAUUUAAUGGAAAAAAUAGAUAAUGCUAUCAAUACUUAUAACAAUGGAUUAUCGGAUUUUGAUCCAAAAAUAUAUCGUCCGAAUUUUACAAACGAAGAUGUAACAGCGCAAACAGAAAAUAAUGCUCAAGUUCCUGUUAAACGAAACUCGUCUUUACCUCAUAUUUUUGCACAAUCAAAGGUAGAAGCACAAGAGGAAAUUGUGAAUGAAGCUUCCAAAAAAAGAAACCUGGCAAAUAAAACUGUUAUUAAUUUGUUUAAAAGUAAAAUAGAUAUACUACAAAAUGAGUUACAAACAAUACAAACUGAAUACAAAAAAAAGAGUGAUAUCUGUAAAAGUUUGGAGUCUGAAAAUAAGAAACUGGAAAUAAAAUUACAAAAUGAAGUGGAAUCAUUAAAAGGAACAGUUACAAAAUUAGAAAAUACUAAUAAAGAAUUACAGUGUCAAUGUCAAGCAUUAAAUGCUGAAAAUUUAAACAUGAAAAAAGAGCUGGAUAAACUUGAGAAACAGAUAAAAAUAUCAGAUCAACAUGCCAGUAAUUAUAACAUCAGAUUAAAUAGGUCUUUGGAAAUAAAUGAUAAGCUCAGAAGUGCACUCAAAUGUUCUCAAACAGAAGAAAAGGAAUUAAGAAAUCAAAUCAGAAAACUACAAGAAGAUAAGAGACUGACUGUUAACAAUUUGGGGAAACAACUUUCAGAAGUACUACAAGCAUUUAAAAAACAAAUGUUAAUUAUAGAUAACUUAAAGAAACAAAAUGCAUGCUUAAUAACAAUUGGACAAUUGAAAUUUACAAAAGAAGAUUUCUCAAGAUUACUGGACCAAAAGCUUCAAUACAUAUGAUAAAUUGUAUAUAAAACGUUUAUUGAAUGACUACUACAAUUUAUACAUUGCAAAAACUGGAAUAAUUUCAUUUCAUAGCCACACGUUUUGUACAACUUUAUAUUACAGCAUGUAAUUUCUAAUGAUAUUCCUCACAGAAAUUUUGUAUCCUAUACAUUACCUGCCAGAUGCUAUGAAAUUUUAAAUGCUUGCGUUCUCUAACCCAAGACUUGUGUUUAUUCGAAAAAAUUUCUUUCAAUUCGUGAAGCAUUUUAACACCUUUUAAUUUGAAAUAAACGAAUUUAUAAUUAUAUUAUAA